ACGUGAUAGCUGCUUUUCUUUCUACUUCUACGAUUCAGCUGUUCAGUUCAGCUCUGAGGACUUUUAGCGUUAAAUGGUUUUAAAUCGUGUGUGAGUGUUUUCUCUGACUGUGUUCUGGGACAAAAGACACGUGUUUGGCUUUACAUCUGAAUGUGUAACAUUUUCUAGCACAUUUACCUAACCAGAUCAUCACACACUCGCAGCGAUGCGUAAGAGUGUGUGGGUGUUGGUGUGUGUGUUGAGUGGGUGCAGUGCUCUUAUCUGCCCUGAUGGAGGAAUGUGUGAUGAUGGAAACACCUGCUGCCAAACCCCAUCAGGAGGAUACGGAUGCUGCCCACUCCCCAAUGCAGAGUGCUGCUCAGAUCAUCUGCAUUGCUGUCAUGAAGGAACAUUGUGUGAUCUAGAACAUUCCAAAUGUGUUAACAAGACACACACGCUAGACUGGGUGAUGAGAGUUCCCAUCAAGCAGCCCAGUCUACCUCAGGCAGUGGUAUGUCCAGACCAGGAGUCAGAAUGUCCCGAUGAUACCACUUGCUGCCAGCUGCCUGAUGGGAGCUGGGGCUGCUGCCCAAUGCCUAAUGCUGUGUGCUGUGAAGACAAAAUGCACUGCUGUCCACAAGGCACGACCUGUGACCUACCUCACUCUAAGUGUGUGUCGUCCAUGCUUGGCUCCGUCCCUCUGAGGAGAAAAUUCCCUGCAUACAAGAGAGCAGAAUGGAAAGCAAGAAAAGAUUCAAAUGGACUGGACUUGGCUGACAGUAAUGAUGUGGAUUGUCCAGAUAAAGUGUCUUUCUGUCCAGAUGACACAACCUGCUGCCCACUAGGAAAUGGGAGCUAUGGAUGUUGUCCAAUGCCAAAGGCUGUGUGCUGCUCUGAUCAUGUGCACUGCUGCCCACAGGGCACAAGCUGUGACCUUGCCCACAGUAAAUGUGUCUCAUCCAAUGUGCUUGAACCAGUGACUACCAACCUCUCACCUGUUGUCCGUGUGAAGGUGACAGUGGAGUCGGUACCCUGCAACGAAUCUGUAGCAUGUGAAAGUGGAUCUACCUGCUGUAAGACGAAAGAUGGGGAUUGGGCCUGCUGUCCACUACCAGAGGCGGUCUGUUGUGAGGACCACAUCCAUUGCUGUCCUCAGGGCACAGUGUGUGCACGCAGCACAUGUGUUGCCUCUGCUGACCUUUUGACCCUGGUCCGCUGGGUUGAGAAAAAGCCAACCAUCAACAGGGUUCCACAACCCGCCAAUGAAAAAUGUGACCCUACAACAACGUGCCCCAAGGGUGCAACCUGCUGCAAAAUGGAAUCUGGGACCUGGGGGUGCUGUCCUCUUCCACAGGCUGUGUGCUGUGAGGACCAUCUCCACUGUUGUCCCCGCAAUACAGUGUGUAACGUGGCUGCCGGCACGUGCGACAGUGCUUUCAGUGGCACUGCUGGGCAGCUAUCAGUGCCUUGGGUAAGGAAGACACCUGCUACAUCCCUGCCUCCUGCGAAUGACCAGUGUGAUGAGACUUCAGCCUGUCCAACAGGAACAACGUGCUGUCGGCAGAAGUCGGGGGCCUGGGCCUGCUGCCCCCUGCCACAGGCUGUUUGCUGUGAUGAUCAUGAACAUUGCUGUCCUCAGGGCUACAAGUGUGACAUCAUUCAUGAAUCCUGUGAUCACCCCUUCCUCCCCAGCAUGCUGUGGUUCAAGAAGCAGCCUGCGCUACAGAGUAUGACUCAGCAAUCUAAUGCUAACGCUAAAGCUAUUGCUGAAUCAGCAGUGGCAGAUGUGGAGUCCAAACACAAAUGCGAUGCCCAAACCAGCUGCCCAAGAGACAAUACCUGCUGCUACAUGAAAAAAUUCAACAAGUGGGGUUGCUGUCCUCUCCCUGAGGCUGUGUGCUGUGGGGAUGGCGAUCACUGUUGUCCUAACAGCUACACCUGCGACACCACAAAGAACACCUGCCUUAAGGGCCAUCUGGAGAUUCCAUGGUUCAAGAAGCAAGAGGCCAAAGUUACUCAGGGGUCAGAGGUUGCACAUGGGGUGGCAGAUGUACAGUGUGACUCCACUGCCAGGUGCCCGACAGGUAGCACCUGCUGCAGGUUAACUACAGGACAGUGGGGCUGCUGCCCGCAUGUUCAGGCGGUGUGUUGUGAUGACCACGUGCACUGCUGUCCAGCGGGCUACACCUGCGACCUGCAGGCUGGAACCUGCCUUAGAACGUCCACCUUACACACUGUUGCACUUACCCUUGUGCACACGCACACUAAAGAGCAGGUGAUGUGUGAUGCAACAAGCCAUUGCACUGAGUCUCAGACCUGCUGUAAACUGUCAGACACUGAAUGGGCCUGCUGUCCCUUUAAGCAGGCGGUGUGUUGUAAGGACAUGAAGCACUGUUGCCCUGUGGGGUACGUCUGCGACCCUAAGGCUAAAGGUUGCGCUAGAGCAACUUCUCUCACCUGGUGGGACAACUCUCUUUAGGACGGCAUCUCUCUCCAUGCUAUACUUGGUACCCACAGCACUGUUCAGUUAUAUUGGCACCCAAAUUGGGACAAGGGACUAUACAUCAUUCUACUUUUACUUAAAUUUUUGUUUUUGUUUUACAUUCUCUCAUAAGAAGUGUGUUUUUUUAUAUAUAUAAAACUGACAUUUAAACAGUGGCACAAUGUCUACUUUACACAAUCUGAAUCACUCCAAGAUUUUUUUUUUUUUUUUGAGGUUAGAUGCUGCAUUUGGCUACUGCUUGUUAUGCCUUAUAUGAUGAAGUACUACACAACUGUUCCUAAAAUGUUGUACAAACCUGUGGACCUGUGGUGCUUUUUACCCAUGUAGGUAAAGGGAUGGCUUUUUUUUUUUCAACACGCGGACAUGUGUGACCUGACUGUUGUUCAAUAAUUGGGUCUGAUUGAGAGGGCGAAAUCCCAGAUUCAGAUCAUAACUGAAGUCACUGAGACCAAACUGAAUGUAUUGUAUACCUUAACCCAGCACAGUCCUCAACCAUUUAACCUUUAUUUUUAUUACUGACUUUUUCCCAAAAGUAAGAGCAGGCUAAAGGAGCAGCUUACCAAAAAACACCUGCAUUAAUACUGGUGAUUUUAAGUCAGGAGAGCCAGCCAUGACACUACCUGUCUUUUAGUCAUUUUCACUGCUAGUAUUUUCUGGUGACGCUCAGUCAUUAGGUAGCUGUGACUUAAACCCAGAGACUGAAUAGUUUCAGUUUAUUCAUAGCAUCUUUAUUGCUAAUUUAAAUAUGCCGUAUAUAUUUAGGCUGUUGAUGCCUUAAAUUUGGUCCACGUUGUUUUUCGUUUUUCUUUAAAUGCACGUCUGUAUUACUUCAUUAGGAAGAGAAAGUAUGAUUUGCUUUGUCCCAAAUUUUGAAGACCUUCUUUCUCUUUAUCAGUGAAGGGAAGCUGAAAUUUUUACAUUUUCUGAUCAGGACUGUUUUUUUUUUUUUUCUUAAAUUUUAGACUUUCCUGGGAUUUUAAUUUAAUUUGCACCUGGAUGUCAUCAAAUACCAGCAUGGACUUGUUGCUUGGAACCAGUUGGGUGGUGGGGUUUAAAAUUAAUUUGUGAUUUGUUUUUAUUUUUAUUUGCUUCGUAGUUUUAAUACAUUUCAUCAAUCACAUCCUCCAAGUGAAGAAAGAUAAGGCUGACUAGAUUUUAAUUGCAGAGCUACCUUUCAUUUAUUUAAAUGCCUAUACUACACAGACUGUCUGUUCAAGAAAUCAGGAUUUUUUUUUUUUUUUUAGGAACCCUUCAGUGAGUUUUAUGGGAUGACGUGAUGUUGCUUUUUGCUCGGUGGUUCUGGCUAUCUACCAUCAAUCUAUCAUUAUGAUAGUGUAGUCCUGUCAUGAUGACUGCUCUAUUGGAAAAUAUAUUGUCCUACAAAUAAUUGCGAUAAAUGAUGUCAUUUUAAGACCAUUUUAUGCCACUGACAUAGUGAUGUUGUACAAUAAUGCAAUUACUCCGUUUUAAAACGCUUUUAAUAAUUUAAAAUAUUCAGAUAUUAGAGUUGGAUUUUACAUGUUUAAAUAUCUUCAGUAAACAAAACAAAUCGAAUGCAAACAUUGUUAUUAAACAUAGUCUGUAUACUGGCUCAUUCACUUUGGGCUCUUUUUGCUAAGAAAAAUAUUAUAAUCACUAUAUUGGUAAGGAAAAAGUAUUGAGGUUGGGCUCAGAGUGGGAUAGGUGGGUUAAGGUGCUGACACUGUUGUCUGAGGAUAGCUGGUUCAAGUCUCGGAUCAUCCAGCUUGCCUUCAGCAGCUGGAAUCAGAGAGAACACAAUUGGCCUUGCUCUCUCUCGGUGGGUAGAUGGUGCUCUUUUCUCACAUCACUUCUAGUGUGAUGUUUAUUAUAAAAAGCUUUAGUUAGUUGGUGUAUUGGAGCUGGGCAUCUGGAGCAUUCCUUUAUUGCGCAUUGGCUACCGACUCUUUAAGUGGAGGUUGUGGCUUAGUGUUUGGUAUUACUAGUGUUCACUGCAAAAAAACAAAACAAAAAAAAUACAGCUUAACAAGUGAAAUGAUCCAAUUUGAAGUCAAUACAUCUUUUUAUUUUCUUUUAUAAGAUUUAUUUACUAAGUAUUAUACAUGUAGGACUGUUUUGCUUAUUUUAGGAGUAAUGAUCUUAAUCAGUCUUAUUAGAAUUUUAACCUUAUUUGAAGUAAUUUGAAUUUAAGGGUUAAAAAAAGCCUUCAGUCAAGUUAUUCCGAUUCUUGUGUCCAAAUUUCAACCCAUAUAAUCUGAUUUUACUUAAGACUUACUCACUCAUUUUGGGAUUUUGGGAUUGCUUAUCUUAAGAAAUAUAUAUUUUUGGCUUUUACCCCAAUUUUAUUUGCCUAAUAUACGUCUCAAUUUACAUGUUUUACAAUAUUUUGUAUAGUUUUCCAAUAGAUUUUUCUAAUGAGUAGGUGAAGUAAUUGACCUUUCAAAUCAGGGAGAAAAUGAAAAGAAAUUAUUCCGAUCAUGUUCAUAUAUUUUACAAUUAUGCAAUUAUCAUGAUGGGCCUGCGUUCAAGAAAUGUUGAUCAGUCUUGGCUGUUUAAGCGAACCUGUUCCUUAGUUUUUAAGCAAUAUUCUUGGAUUGAUUUUUCAAAUUUUAUCUUUUAUUUGAAUUGUUUGUUUUUCCUGCUGUUUUUCUUUGUUUAUAAAUAGAUUGGUUGAUUGAUUGCACCAGAAAGGUGAAAAUAAAAACCAAUUAAAACCAUUUA